AUGUCGGUCAAUUCCCCACCCGUCUACACCAUCGACCUCUCCCUGCCUCCACGCUCACGCUACAAAGCCGUUACAAGAGACUAUGCCCCAAUCCUGCACCAGCUAACCAGCCUCUACACCGAAUUAGUCGCACACCUCAAGUUACCUCCUUUUUUCUUCCAUUUCCUCGGCCGCUUACUGCUCCGCCGACUCGCUAGCAAUGAGCAGACCGAGGAGCUACGCGGUAUUAGCGAAGAAUGCGGCGUACCCAUGUACCUACUGGUGGCCUACAAUGUAUUUCUAGACUUGCUCCUAGGCUGUACGAGUGGCGGCAUGCUAGCCAAAAAACCUGAGCAAUUAGACGAAGAAGAACGAGGAGAAGGCGAAGAAGAAGUGACAAUGAUGCACUUCCGCACACUAGACUGGUCCAUGCCCAUACUCCGAGACGUCAUUGUGCAAUUCAACUACAUCAAUUCGCUGCAGGGAGAAGUCAUAGCGCGGACAGUAGGCUACGUAGGUUUCGUCGGCGUCCUAACAGGCGUACGCAAAGGCCUCAGCGUUUCGCUCAACUUUCGUCCUUACCACAAUACAUCAGGCCUAUCCCUCGAGAACGCGCGAUACUACUGGGACACACUGCUCGUCCUCCUAGGUCGACGCCCAAGUAUCACAACCGUAAUCCGCGAUUUCCUACUCCCCAGACCCAUCGAAACGCCGCGAGUCCGCAGAAAGCUCUCCAAAAAACGAGGCCGAAGCGCACGCAAACAGCAAGACCUCGAAGACGAGAAAGAGAAAUUAGUACCACUACACCUCCCACCCUACACCCCAGAAGCAAUAACCUCCCUCCUCCCCACCCUCCGCACACCAGUCGCCUACCUAAUCUUCUGCACCCCCUCCGAAACCCUCCUCCUAGAAAAAGACUUUCGAACCGCCAACACCCUCCGCUCCCCAACCUUCCUUGCCACCACAAGCCACGACAUCGCCCUCGAACCCGCUUCUCCCUCCCAACCCCCCACUACUUCCUCACCCGUCCAACCCCGCAUCCACGCUUUCCUCCAGGCAAGCAUUUUCCUGCAAGCAAGCGUACAGGAUAUCCUGGAUGACAGUAUUUACUGUAAAGAAUGCUUGACGCUGGCGUGGCUGGCGUGGCGGCGGCGGCGGCGGCGACGACGACAGCAGGAGCGGCAAGAGCAGCGUCAGGAAGACGACUGUGGGGCGCAAGAGCAGUCGGAAAUAGUAGGAGUUUCGUUAAGUACGCUGGAGAGGUGGGUAGAAAGGUACCCAGUGAGCAAUGCAACUACGCAUUUUGCGUGUAUUAUGGAUCCGGGGGCGGGCGUAUUUCAGUGGAUUAGAAAGUUUGAAGUGGGAGAGAUUGUGGAGCCGGUUGUGAUGGGAGAGGAAGAGUCUCAGUAG